AUGGAACGGUCAUCAGUAAUUUACAAUUUCAGGAACAGAGAAACUGAUCUAGCACCACCCAUAACAAAAAACUAUGACAACAUGGCUUCUUUGGCAAAAGAUGUGCGAGAAAGACUCGGUCUUUGGGAUGCUAAAGAAAACAGUUUAUCUCUCCUCACUGAUGAAGAAAAAGACAGUGUUCUUUUAUUAACAGCAUAUUCUUCAAACCGAUCUUUACCCUCAGAUCUGCCUGAAAAAGAUGUUUCCAGUUUGCCUUCAAAGCGGACUCAUGGUGAAACAUCAGAGGGGAAAGGCAGUGUGGAUAUAUCUGAUAUUGAUUUGGGGUCAGCUAAGGUGGAAAAUGCGCAACAGUUUUUCACAUGGUUUGCUCAAGUUGAAAAUCAAAUGGAAAGAGAACAGGAAUCAUCAUAUCAUGCUUACUCUGAGCAACUGAAGCAAUACAGAGAUCAUUGUGAUGUUAUAUUGAAUGAGAUAGAAGAAGCUUUGAGAUAUCUGCAAGAUUUACAUAAACAGCAUUUGUUUGUUUCAACUAAGACUGGAGCCUUGCAUGAGGCAUGUGAACAGCUGUUGCAGGAUCAGACUCAAUUGGUACAAAUGGCUGAAAAUAUAAGUCAAAAAUUGUCAUAUUUUAAUGCUCUUGAGAAAAUCAAACAGAAACUGAACACACCAACAUUAUCCGUAACCAAUGAUUCUUUUGUUCCAAUGCUCUCAAGACUUGAUGAAUGUAUUGAAUACAUAAAAAGUAAUCAACAUUUUAAAGAGUCCCAGACAUACUUACUAAGAUACAAUCAAUGUUUAAAUGAAGCUUUAAACCUCGUCAAGACUCACGUGAUUGAUUUAUUUAAAUAUGCAACAACUCAGGUUACUGCUAGUAGAAAUGAGACUAGUUCAACUGAUGGGUCAUUCGCUUUGUUCUAUGGCAAAUUUCGUACGAAUGCACCAAGAAUCAAGUCGUUAAUGGAACAAAUUGAACAUCGCUUGACCGUUAGUGCUGAGUAUACAUCGUUAUUGAACGACUGCCAUGAAUUCUACUUUACACAGAGGUAUCAGUUGCUAGCUCCAUGUAUUACAGAUACUGUCGAGAAAACCAUCAAACAGCAUCAACGAAAUACCUGUGCUUUGGUUCGAAGUGGUUGCUCAUUAUUAGUACGUGUCAGUCAAGAUGAAUAUCAAUUGUAUUUCCACUUUUUUACCCAUCCGAGUCCAGCUUUGCACACUUUGUUGGAAAAUUUUUGCAACAUUCUGUACGACGCCUUCAGACCCCUUAUCAUUCACAUGAAUCACAUGGAAACAUUGACUGAACUCUGCAGUAUACUGAAGGUAGAGAUGUUGGAAGAUCAUGUUCGACAAAAAGGCGACGAAUUAUACGCUUUUGGGAUAGUAAUAGCACAAAUGCUUGAAGACGUCCAGGAAAGAUUGGUCUAUAGAGCUCAGACAUACAUUCAAACCGAUAUUCAAAAUUAUUCUCCUUCACCUGGUGAUCUUGCUUAUCCUGAUAAACUAAUGAUUAAGUUAGAGGAUGAUGAAAGUGAAGAAGAUGAAAAGGAAGCAGGUCAAGACGAAGCCGGGAAAAAGAAAAAGAAGAAAAGUUCAUUUGAGCUUCCAGCGGCCCUCGUUGAUUUACAAGGCAUGUGGUAUCCUACAGUACGAAGAACAUUGGUUUGUUUAUCGAAACUCUAUAGAUGUAUCUCAAAAGAAACAUUUGAAGGAUUGUCCCAAGAAGCUUUGUCAGUUUGUAUUAGAACUUUGAAAUUUGCAAGUUCACAGAUUACCACAAAAACAGGAGCUAUCAAUGGCCAUUUAUUUUUGAUUAAACAUCUGCUGAUCUUGAGAGAACAGAUCGCUCCAUUUGAUGUGGAUUUCACAGUCCGUGAGUUAUCGCUUGAUUUUAGCAACAUGAGGACGGCAGCCUAUGGUCUUCUGAGUAAGAGUGCAAGACUGUUUUCUUUGAAUAGUAACAAUGCGCUUUUGGAGUUUCUCUUGGAGGGUGCUCCACAAGUUGUAGAGAGUUACGCCGAUUCCAAAAAGGAAGUUGAUAAUGAAUUGAAAAUUGUUUGCGAACAGUUCAUCGAGAGUAUCUCCAACUCUUUAAUAGCUCCGACCAAGGACUUCUUAUCAAAGACAAAUGUGAUUCAGAAACUAGCAGAAGAAGAAGGAAAAGAUGUAAAAAGCUUGUUAAAACAUCAGCAUUUUGCUAAACCUGAAAAUGUCCGCCGUCUUGUGAGCGAGAGUUAUAUGUUGUUGAAAUCAAAGAUUCCAAGUACAUUACAAAUCAUGUCUUUAUUUCUUGCUAAUAAGGAUACAGAAUAUAUCUUGUUCAAACCAGUCAAGGGAAAUGUUCUUGAGAAUUAUAAACAACUGAAUCAGCUUAUUGUGGAUACAUAUAAUGAAGAGAACCAAAAAAUUAUUGGAUGCCCGACAACGCAACAGAUAUCUUUGCUGUUAUCAAUUUCUUGAGCUAAUAGUAACACCUUCACUGGAUGCGUUUUGUGACCUUAUCUUAUCCAGUAUUAUUUUUACAACUACUCUAUUUAUAAAUGCAUAAAAUGCGUACAGUACAAACAAAAUAAUCUAUGUGAAUUAUUAAAGUCAUUACUCUCCUCCUGAGUAAAUAAAUAUAUGCUCAUUUAAUUCUUAUACUUUGUUAAAACUAAUAUAAAUCGGCUGCAUGUUGCCGUAAAAACAACAAUGCAUAUAAAAGCAACCAUAAUAGU